AUGAGUAUCAAAGAAGUUCUUCACACCAACAAUGUUUGGAGCGACAAGUAUUUCGCUAUUUCUGUUGGGGUAAUCAUGGUCUUUAUAACGGUACAUCAUUGGGGAAAUGUAAUAUAUCUGAAUUAUGGCCCUCGAAAGCCAGGCCCAAUCCUACGAAGGAUCAUGCAAUAUCGUCGUGCCGGAGCGCGAUAUUUGAAGAAAGAAGUGUUAGGCAUAUCUCUGGAAAGAUGGUCUUUAUAUUCCAUAUACUGGGCUAUCAAUCUGAUUCUCGCUCUGACCAAUGUUGAUCUGACAAGUCUUAAAUAUGUUGCUAAGCGGUUUGGGUGGAUAUCCGUCACAAACUUCGUUUUGGUUGUUUUUCUUGCCCUUAAGAACACACCCUUGGCCCCUUUAUCCGGCCACUCAUAUGAGAAGCUACGGCCGUUGCACAAAACCGCUGGCUACAACUGCAUAUUCACAACCCUCCUUCACGCCUCUGUAUAUUUGAGCUCCUAUGGAAUAUCUGGUGAUCUCCAAAAUAUGCGCCAAACGGAAAACCUUGCAGGUGCGAUAGCUGGCCUGGCCAUGGUCGUCAUUGGCUUUUCAACCAUAGCUUGGUUGGCACGAAACUAUUAUGAAUUGUUCUAUAUCAUUCACAUUGUCAUGUUUCUCCUGAUCAUCAUCCUAGUCGGAAUGCAUCGACCAGAAUUCAGCAGCUCAACCCUGAGUAUCAUAAUAUUCACCGCAUGUAUAUGGUUUGCUGAUAGACUUAUUCGAAUUGCAAAGCUAUGCUGGAAUCUACCCAGAAAUCAUGCAACGAUUUACCCGAUGGCUGAUGGAGCAGUUAAAGUGAAGCUCCUUCGUCCCAUUUCAUGUAAACCCGGGUCUCAUGUAUUUCUAUGGAUGCCAUCAAUACGCUUCUUCGAAACCCAUCCUUUUACGCUUGUCAGCACAGACCCUGCCGAAUUCUUGAUUCGGAAGUAUGACGGCUACACUGGCUCUCUAUAUGAGGCAGCACAAAAUCAACCAGGGAAAGUUCUUCGAUGCUCCAUAGAUGGCGGAUACGGUCAAGUCCCUAAUUUCACGGACUUUGACCGAGUAAUUUUGGUCGCUGGUGGCAGUGGAUCUACCUUCACCUUUUCAAUUGCGCUGAACAUGAUCAAAGAAGCUACCGCUUCCAAUAUUCACAAAACGAUUGACUUUAUUUGGGCAGUCAAACGAUCGGAGUCUCUGCAAUGGUUCGAGCAAGAAAUAAAUCAGCUCCAAGAGAGUGAGCAUGUGAAUCUAUUCAUUUACGUUACUUCUGAUACAACGUCUGAUAAAAGGUCGGACUCUUCGAGCCUGGCUUCAACAGGUGCUAUUGAUGACGCGGAGAAAGGGAGAGAAGGAGUGACAGACCAGGCUAUUGGACUGCCUAGUAUCCGGUAUGGGCGACCGGAUGUGUUCAAUCUAGUUACCUAUUUCAUUUCCCAGUGUGGCUCGGAGAGUCGUGUUGGAGUAGGUGCUUGCGGUCCCACACAAAUGAUCCGGAUGACACAAAACGCUGUGUCUCAAGAAGCUAACGAUAUCGGGCCUUCAAUUACGUUUCAUACUGAAGUGAGUGACCACGCGCAAUAUUCGAAAAUCUUGACAUGA